AUGAAACAGCUUAGAAUCGCUUAUCAUCCACAAGAGAAUUUCAAUCUCAGAGAUUUCCAUCAUGCUGUAAAUAGCUUGUCUGCAGAUCACUUGCUUCCAAGGUCAAAGGCUUUUGAAUUUUCACAAAGCCAUCAAAAAGUGUCAUGUUUGAGUACACUUUUGACGAGCAAUGGAGGACUGUAUUCCUGGGGCACUGAAACCAUAGGCAGGAAGGUAAUCAUGAUCAGUAGCUUUUUCAUGGAGAAUGCUGUAACCUUCCGGAAAACUGUGAUGGAUGCAGCUGAUCAUUGUGUGACAAUAGAAUUCAUUCAGAUUGAAUGUGAAGUUCAUACAAAAGUCCAAUGGGGAAGUUUUUCAGAGUCCAUGCUCCUAGAAAAGGUUAAAGAUUUCACAAAUAGUAUCUCUGAUUUUAAAAAUUGUUUGUUCCACAGAGUUCAGAGAGGGAAAACAUGCAGAUGCCAUGGAGCUAAUACAGACACUGCGAAUGCUGUGAAGGAAGGAAAUCAAAAAUCAGUAUGCCCAAUUACAGGCCAAGAGCUUGAUAAUUAUGACUUGACUGAAAAUGGAUUAAAGAUAGGUCUGGAAGCAAUUUUACUUCCACCGUCAUUUAAGAAGAUUCCCAGACUUGAACCAGUCUCUACAACAGUAGCAUUUAACAUCAUUCAGUGUGUACGAUUGGCUUCUUUGAGUGAAGGUUCUCGCUUUCAUUUUUUCACCUUACAUUCUAUGCUUCUGGAUCUUGAAGAUCUAUUUUUUGGGUCUUCAUUUAUCAUAUUAGCUUCUUCCAACCAUGUCACAACAGAGGGAGAUAAAACAAAGACAAAUCAUCAAACUUUUUUAGGUCUUUGUCAAGCUCUUGAUUCAAUGGAUUGUGGAUUAAUUUGCACAUCAUCCUGUGAUGUUGAAUGCAAGUUUGAGUCUACUAUUCCAUGUUUUUAUCUACUUCAACCAACCAGCACUGCAAAAGUGCUACUUCGAAGAAUUGCUGCGUCAGAAGAAUAUUUACCUAUUCCAGAUUCAGUUGAAGCAAUGUACACUGCUGUACCUGAGGAGUUCAUAGCCUCCAUCAACUCCAGCUUGACAAAGAUAGGGUUCCAAGAUUACAACCCACUAAACCAAGAGCGGGGUUGUCAUACAAAAUUGAAUUGGCUUGUUAAAGAAAGUUUACAAUUCAGAUCUGUGCCAUUGCCAACACCAAAUCCACAAGACAAUCUUUCAAUCAAUAGCCAGAAUUUACCAAUCGAUAACCAUAAAUCUGUGCCCAUUCAAUCACCAAAUCCAGAUGGUGAACAGAAUUUAGAUAUCAGCAAAUACAGGGCAGAUCAAGGGAAUCUCCAACCUGAUAACAUGAGAAAAGAAAGACAUGAAAAAAUGAAUAUGUCACCAGGUCUUCUUGCUAAGGGGCAAAUUCCAAGUAUUCUUGAAAGAAUAGAACCACUUAGAACUUUCAAUAAGUUGAAUAAUAGUUCAACUGCAUCCCUAUUAGAAGCAGUAAAUCAGUCAACGCCUAGCACACCACACACCCAAGCGUGCAGUGUAUCUCAAAAAUCAAAGGCUUUAAUGGGCAUGAAGAAACCUCUACUUCCUUUUCGGCCAUCCCAGCUAGCACGACCAAGCUUCAGUCCAAAUCCAAAUCGUCAACUUAAGCCUAACUUUAGAAGGAUCAAGAGAUCAAAAAACUAACUUUAUAAGGAUCAGAUGAUAAAAAAACUAACUUCACGAGGAUAAAGAAAACAAAGUCGAACUUGUAAAUAGAACCAUAUGUUCAUUAGAAUAUUGGAUUGGUUUCAGCUCAGCUGAUGGCUGCUAACUAGGCAUUGUGGAAUAGAAUCUUAUCAGAAUCUUGUUUGUUUACACCUAAGAAACAUUCUGCUGAAUGCCUAAAUAAGAGAUUCCAGUAGUGUUGCUCUUGCCAACAUACAACAAAGUUACCAAACUAAUAACAUAUCAGAUUCCAUUCUCUUGAGGUUUGAGCAUAUUAA